ACUCAUCCACCUUCCACGUCACAGUCUCGAUGUGCGCAAAUUUCCUCGAAUUAGCACCAAAAUUGGGAAACGGAUCAAUAAUUAAGCUUCUCCUCUCUGGGUUUUGGGAGUGUCGUAGUUGUAGCAGGAGUAGCUUGUCCACUGAGGAGAGAGGAGAGAGAGAGAGAGAGAGAGAGAGAGAGAGAGAGAGGAAAGUGUGACGUGAAGGAGUUUGGUGGGGAGCUCGUGCUGCGUGUUCUCUGUGCCUGCUGUGAGAACUUGGGCUUGAGUUCAAGAACUCUGAAAAGAAGGAAAACAAAAACUUCGGGUGCUUCUGUUUGUGCGGUAAUGGCGGCUCGCAGGAUAUCAUCGUUGCUCUCUCGCUCCCUCUCUGCUGCUCCUGGGUGUUCUUCUCUGCUGCUCUCCCGAGGGAAAAAUCCUGGCUCGAGAAGGAGUAUCAACAGGUUCAGCACGGCUGCGGCUGCGGCUGCGCUUGAGGAGCUAGUCACCCCGCCUGUUCAAGUCUGUUACACACAGCAUUUGAUCGAUGGUCAAUUUGUUGAUUCAGCCUCAGGGAAAACAUUCCCGGCCUAUGACCCGCGAACUGCGGAGGUGAUUGCCCACGUCGCCGAGGGCGAUGCUGAGGAUAUUGACAGGGCGGUGGCUGCCGCUCGGAAAGCCUUCGAUGAGGGGCCGUGGCCGAAGAUGACUCCUUAUGAAAGGUGUAAGAUCCUGCUGCGCUUCGCCGAUUUGGUCGAGAAACAUAGCGAGGAGCUUGCUUUGCUGGAGACAUGGAACAAUGGAAAGCUUUAUGAGCAGGCUCUUCACUCGGAAAUCCCAUCGCUGGCACGUCUCUUUCGUUAUUAUGCCGGAUGGGCUGACAAAAUACACGGACUAACUGUUCCGGCUGAUGGGAAUUAUCACUUGCAGACACUGCAUGAACCGAUCGGUGUUGCAGGACAGAUUAUUCCGUGGAACUUUCCGCUGAUCCUGUUUGCUUGGAAAGUCGGGCCUGCUCUUGCUUGUGGUAAUACUGUCGUCCUUAAAUCCGCCGAGCAGACGCCUUUGACUGCUCUAUAUGCUGCAAAGCUUUUUCAUGAGGCUGGUCUUCCGCCGGGCGUCCUGAAUGUCGUUUCUGGCUACGGUACAACUGCGGGUGCUGCCCUCGCAAGCCAUAUGAAAGUGGACAAGCUCUCCUUCACAGGAUCAACUCAAACCGGUAAAAUCAUCCUUGAACUGGCUGCGAGGAGCAAUCUUAAGCCGGUGACUUUGGAGCUCGGAGGAAAGUCGCCUUUCAUCAUAUGUGAAGACGCCGACAUCGAUGAGGCCGUUGAGGCUGCGCACUUUGCUAUUUUCUUUAAUCAGGGGCAAUGUUGUUGUGCCGGGUCACGUACCUAUGUGCAUGAACGAAUCUACGAUGAGUUCUUGGAGAAAGCAAAAGCUCGUGCUAUGAAACGUGUGGUGGGCGAUCCCUUCAAAAAGGGUGUCGAGCAAGGUCCCCAGAUUGAUGCGGCGCAAUUCGAGAAAAUCCUAAGAUACAUAAGAUUAGGCGUCGAAAGCAACGCGACCCUCGAGUGCGGAGGUGACAGAUUCGGGUCCAAAGGCUUCUUUAUACAGCCAACAGUUUUCUCCAAUGUCCAGGAUGAUAUGCCAAUAGCACAGGACGAGAUCUUCGGCCCUGUUCAAUCGAUCCUGAAAUUUAAGGACCUCAAUGAAGUGAUACGGAGGGCGAAUGCGACGUCAUAUGGUCUCGCUGCGGGAGUCUACACCAAGAACAUCGACACGGCCAACACACUGACUCGGGCGCUGAGGGCCGGGACCGUGUGGGUCAACUGCUACGACGUGUUUGACGCUGCCAUCCCGUUCGGUGGGUACAAGAUGAGCGGAAUCGGCAGGGAGAAGGGGAUCUACAGCCUCAACGGCUACUUGCAGGUGAAGGCUGUGGUGACUCCUCUCAAGAACCCGGCAUGGCUAUAGAAAUGUGAAAUCAUAAAGAUAAUCCUUAACCAUGUUCAGGUGUGCUUUUACAGAGACUCUCUCUCCGUGCUGAGAUAGAACACCUUGCGAUCUGUGUUAUGAUAGCGUAUUGAAGCAACAUGAUGAACUUCUAUAAUAGGGUCCUUGUUACCUAUUGAUGGUUCGUGC